AUGUUCCGCCUGGAGGCGUCGCAGGCGCAGGGCGGUCUGCUGCUGCCACCACCUCCACUCAGGCACACAGCAGCUGCGCCGCCGUCGCUGGCAGACGUAGAUUCAAGCAGCCUAUCGCCUCUGCCAGCAGCGCUUGAGCUGGCGCCUGAGCUAGAACCUGCACUAAAGCAUCGCAUCGCGAAUGGACAGUAG